CCCUCCAACCUCCUCCCCUCGGAUGCGGCCGCCCACAAGCGCCGCGCGGGCCAAUCGGCGUCCCGGAGGGAUCCCCAGGGGUCGGUGGAAAGCGGAUUCCCGCAGAACUCCAGCCGCAGGCUCCCUGUCGCGAUGGUCCGAGGGAGGGUGUUGGGUCUGGCCGCGAGCGACGUCCGCUUCCCCACGUCCCUGGCCCGCCAUGGCUCAGACGCGAUGCACCCCGACCCAGAUUAUUCUGCAGUUUAUGUUGUAAUAGAAACAGAUGCUCCUGACGGGCUCAAAGGUUAUGGCUUAACGUUUACGCUGGGCAAAGGGACAGAAGUGGUUGUCUGUGCAGUCAAUGCACUCUCUGCUCAUGUGGUCAAUAAAGACUUGGAUGAAAUAACUGGUGAUUUUCGAGGUUUCUACCGGCAGCUCACCAGUGAUGGGCAGCUCCGAUGGAUUGGUCCUGAGAAAGGAGCUGUGCAUUUGGCCACGGCUGCUAUUCUGAAUGCGGUCUGGGACUUGUGGGCCAAACAGGAAGGGAAGCCACUCUGGAAACUACUUGUUGACAUGGAUCCCAAACAGUUGUUAUCUUGCAUAGAUUUCAGAUAUAUUACAGAUGCCCUGACAGAAGAAGAAGCUCUCACAAUCCUUCAAAGUGGCCUAGUGGGGAAAAAACAAAGAGAAGAACAAAUGUUGGAAUACGGCUACCCAGCUUAUACCACAUCGUGUGCUUGGCUAGGCUAUCCAGACCAACAACUGAAACAGCUUUGUACUGAAGCGCUGAAGGAUGGUUGGACCAGGUUCAAAGUAAAAGUUGGAGCGGAUCUCCAGGAUGACAUUCGGAGAUGCAGACUUGUUAGAGAAAUGAUUGGUCCUGAAAAUAUACUGAUGCUGGAUGCUAACCAAAGAUGGGAAGUGAAAGAAGCCAUAGAAUGGGUCACGAAACUAGCUGAAUUCAAACCACUGUGGAUCGAGGAACCAACUUCCCCUGAUGAUAUUCUUGGGCACGCAACCAUUGCCAAGGCUUUAGCGCCACUAGGGAUUGGUGUUGCAACAGGAGAACAAUGCCAUAACAGAGUGAUAUUUAAGCAGCUCCUGCAGGCUCAGGCCCUGAGUUAUGUCCAGGUGGAUAGUUGCAGGUUGGGCAGUGUCAAUGAAAACUUGUCUGUGCUGCUGAUGGCUAAGAAAUUUCAAGUCCCUGUGUGUCCUCAUGCUGGAGGGGUUGGGCUCUGUGAGCUGGUACAGCACUUGAUAAUAUUUGACUACAUUUCAAUAUCUGGUAGUCUUGAGAACAGGAUGUGUGAAUAUGUUGACCAUCUACAUGAACACUUCAAGUACCCUGUAGUAAUCAAGAAUGCAUCCUAUAUGCCACCACAGGCAGCUGGAUAUUCCACUGAAAUGAAAGAAGAUUCUGCAAGGAAAUACCAGUUUCCACAAGGAGAAGUCUGGCAGAAGCUCCUCUGUGAACAUAAAAUACAGCUAAAAUAAGCUUAAACAUUCAACUUGCCAGAGCUAUAUUUACCACAACAAAUGGUUGGUUUUGCUGAAGCUACAAGAAGAUUUCGGAUUCAAAUUAAUGCUUUUAGAAAGCUUUCCUCCACUUGCACAACAAGAAUAGGUUGCAGCCCCAAUUAUAGAACUCCUGAUCAAUUUAAGAAAAAAUAAGAGCCUUUUUAAUAGUUAAGCUGAAAGGGUACAUGAUUCAUUUUUCCUGACCCUGUUCCAGGAACUACAGGAUUAUAUAAUGCAAGAUUGCACUUUGAAUGUGCAUCUGCUGAGUUUAGAAGUUUCAAAUAAAGAAACUAUGACUAGA